AAUUGCUUAAUUGCUUAUCCAAAAUCUCAUUCGCUACUAUAAGUAUAAAUUUGUUAGUUUCCCAAGUUUCGUGGUCGAAAAAAGUCACCCUUCAUCAAGUUCCAAAGAGGCAUGGCAGCACGGCAGCAAAAGUUUGAAAGUAUGUUCAGCUCCACUGUCAUCACCUUGCUUUGGCUGCUUGCAUUUUCUAUGUUGUGCAUGGCCCAGUCCCAGUCGAUUGUCGAGACUCUACCUGGCUUUCCUGGUAAACUUCCAUUCAAACUUGAAACAGGAUAUGUGGGGGUGGGUGAAGCAGAUGAUGUGCAACUAUUUUACUACUUCAUUGAAUCUGAGAGGAAUCCAAGGAAGGACCCUCUGCUGCUUUGGCUUACUGGAGGCCCUGGUUGUUCUGGCUUCUCGGGACUGGUUUAUGAAAUUGGUCCACUGUCAUUUAAUUACGAAAAUUUCGAUGGGAAUGAACCAACAUUCCAAUUGAACCAAUAUUCAUGGACAAAGGUUGCUAGCAUUAUAUUUUUGGAUGCUCCUGUUGGCACAGGAUUCUCCUAUUCAAGAACCUCCCAAGGUUACAAUAUGACAGAUACAUUAUCAGCAGCACAAACCUAUGAAUUCUUGAGGAAGUGGCUAUUGGAUCACCCAAAAUUCUUGACAAAUGUACUCUAUGUUGGUGGCGAUUCAUAUUCAGGCAUUACUGUUCCAAUCGUCGUUCAAGAAAUACAUAAUGGUAACGCUGUUGGAAAUGUGCCAUUCAUGAAGCUAAAUGGAUACUGUCUUGGCAACCCAGUUACAGAUCGACGUAGUGAUGUUAGUACACAAAUUGAGUAUGCUCAUCGUGUGGCACUUAUAUCUGAUGAACUCUACGAGUCAAUCAAAGAAAGUUGUCAUGGCGAGUAUGUGAGGGUAGAUCCAGAAAAUGUGCAAUGUCUGAAAGAUAUUCAAGCUUACACAGAUUGCAUUUCAAAACUUGAUCCUGCCAACAUUCUGGAACCAAAUUGUCCUGUAAUUUCCCCAAAAUCAAAAGGAAUAGGAUGGGAUCAAGCAAUUUUUGAAGAAAACCCUAUGGAUAUACUCCUUUCGUGGUCUCAAACUCCUACCUUAUGGUGCCGGGUUUAUAAUUAUGUGCUCUCAUACAUUUGGGCUAAUGAUGAAAAUGUACAAAAUGCUCUUGGCAUCCGGAAGGGAACAAAAUUGAGCUGGUUUAGAUGUAAUAAGACUUUGUCCUACACAUAUGAUGUUGUAAGUACCAUUGAGUAUCAUCGAAAUCUCACAAAUACUGCCUACCGAUCUCUGAUUUACAGUGGAGACCAAGACCUGAGUGUUCCAUAUGUUGGCACCCAAGAAUGGAUCAGAUCCCUCAAUAUGACUAUCACAGAUGAUUGGCAGCCAUGGUUUGUUGAGGGCCAAAUUGCCGGGUACACAAGGUUCUUUACGAAGAAUUUAUACCAUAUGACUUUUGCUACGGUUAAGGGAGGGGGUCACACAGCCCCAGAGUACAAGCCUAGAGAGUGUUUUGCCAUGGUGGAUAGGUGGCUUUCCUACUAUUCUCUCUGAUCUAAAAAAGUUGUAGCUGCAAAUCUUAGCAACAAUUUGAUAUGUAAGCAGCCAGAUGGUGAUAGAAAUUGCAAGUAUGGCCACUGUGAUGAUGAAAACAAUUGGUGUUGUUUGUAAUAAAAAGACUGAACCAACCAAUAAGUAUUGUCGUAAAUUUUACUAUAUUUAGUAGGCACUUCAACUUUUAAAAAUAUAGGAAUAUUAAAUUAUGAAAGGCUUAAAGGU